CGAGCGUCCCAGUCCGGCUGCAGCUGAGCGCGCGGGGCCAGCUCUGCAGAGCGGUGGCUGGCUGGCCCAGACGGCCACAUCCUGCUGCAGGGGGCCAGCUUCGGUCGCCGCACUGUCCUCUGCACUGGAACGCAGACCAGCUGCCAGGCCUCGCCGGCAACGCCCCCUGCUCAGAGACAGACCACGCGCGGCCCUUGGGAACGCUGGGGGCCCAGCGGCCCGCGGUCACUCCGCCUCUGCCCGCUCUGCCCGCAGCUCGCCCGGCGCUGCCCGCCUAAGCGGGCCCUCGUCGGGAUGGGGUAGGGCCAGCGCCAGUCCAGCGAUGGGCCGCCCUCUGGGCACCGAGCAGCCCCCCGAGGCCUGACGGACCUCGAGGACCCUGGAGAUCCCUGCCUGGAUGUCAAGCGAAUGCCUCUGGGGCCCCCAGCGAACUCGGUGGAAACCAUGGCUUCUUUGAUGCCUCUUUCCCCAUAUCUGAGUCCUACAGUCCUCCUGCUGGUCAGCUGUGACCUGGGUUUUGUGCGAGCAGACCGACCUCCCUCUCCUGUGAAUGUGACGGUCACUCACCUCAGAGCCAACUCGGCCACAGUGUCCUGGGACGUCCCAGAAGGCAACAUCGUCAUUGGCUACUCCAUUUCCCAGCAACGACAGAAUGGCCCUGGGCAGCGUGUAAUUAGGGAGGUGAACACCACCACCAGGGCCUGUGCCCUUUGGGGCCUGGCUGAAGACAGUGACUACACGGUGCAGGUCAGGAGCAUCGGCCUCCGAGGAGAGAGCCCCCCAGGGCCCCGUGUGCACUUCCGCACUCUCAAGGGUUCUGACAGGCUGCCUUCCAACAGCUCCAGCCCAGGUGACAUUACAGUGGAGGGUCUGGACAGAGAGCAGCCAUUGCAGACAGGGGAAGCCGUCAUCAUUGUGGUGGUACUGCUCAUGUGGGCUGCUGUAAUCGGGUUGUUCUGCCGCCAGUAUGACAUCAUCAAGGACAACGACUCCAACAACAACCCCAAGGAGAAGGGGAAGGGGCCUGAACAGAGUCCUCAGGGAAGGCCAGUGGGGACCAGACAGAAAAAGUCUCCAUCCAUCAACACCAUCGACGUUUGAGUGAAGGAAGAACCAGAACCAGAAGACAG